GUGCUAUACUUGGAUAAGCUUUGCCUUCUGCCCUCCAGUUGCCUGUUUUUAUGUACCGAUGCCGGAUGCGUGAUGGAUAGCCAACGGCGCCAAUAGAAAGCUUAUAACAUCAACCCAAUCGAAGCUUGAUAGUACCUAUCUUCUCGAGAAUCUUGUUCUACGUGUUAGUUGCCCAUUAUGUGAGGGAAGCCGAUUCGGAGUAUGAAAGAGAUCUUGUCGACGUUGAGCUCCGCUGUGUAGUCCUUGGAUUCGUUUUUUCAUCUUCUUAUUGGCACAAGAUUUCGCAAGGAGAAAAUGGUGGUUGUCGGUAGCCGCCCGGCAACGGGAUGUCGCGCGAGUGGGAACGGGAGUCGAAAUGCGAGUCGACCGACGAGUGGCCACUUGACUGGAGAUGAGGUGCGCACAGUUCAUGCUGUCCCUGUUCCUGGCUAUGAACAGCGUGCACGCCAGCUGAGUCGGCCGAACGCAGCGGUUCGUGAAAUAGCGUACACACCCAGCAUGCUGCCGCCAAUGUUCCAACAACAGCGGCCCGCGAGCUCGCCAGCACCGCGGUCUCCGGGGACGGAUUGGUCUUCGGAUUUGCACGACCCUGACAUGCUGGAGGUAGGCGAUGACAUGCUCUACAGUCCUGCUCACCCACGCGGGCAGCCGUUGGGCGGCGAGGGCGAGCUAGACUACGACGAGGACGAGGAUGCCAUACCUGUUGGCGCAGGUGGCGGUCGCGGGCGCCCGCGUCGCAGCCGCAGCGCACGUGGGCGAGGCGGACAGGCGAGCAGCAAGAAGCGGCGCCGUAAGAACGAACUGGAAGCUGCCGCCAAGGUAGACUUGAGAGAACUACUGGGCGCGUCGUGGCAAGGCCGACCACAGUCUCGGACGUCGGAGACCUUUGAGGGCCUUUUUUCGCCGAAAGUGGCAAGAAACUUGCGCUCUGCGCUGGAGACGGUGGAGCGACUGAGUGGAGGCGCUGGAGCGGCUGCGCCAAACGCAGGCGAGGCCGAGCAGCGGAUUUCCUUUCUUUUGCGGCAGAACCCGGGGUUGCGGAAGAAGCUAGAGGAAACAGCAGAGCAUGUCGAUGCGGCCGGCCAGACGAGGCAGGGUCGAGUCCUGGUCACGAGCAAUAUGCUGGUUGCGCCGGCAGCAGGUGGGGGGCUCACAUCCGACGAAGAAGGUCUGGGUCGAGGUGUGCCUUCAGUUGGUGGCCAGCAUCCUCCGAAGCGAGCAUAUCAUCCAGUGGCUGGAGCGGGCUCAGGGGGAGGGCAUGUGAUGCUGACCGAAGUGUACGGGCAGCUGGAGGAGUCCCACCAGGCGGGCACGUUUCCAGCAGGUUUCGGAACGGGGUACUCAGGUACUCUUCCGUCGGCGGGACCCGGAGAACGGGAGCAGAGCUCUCUUUACUUCGCGCAGCACUUGAACAUGAGCAGCGAACAGGAAAACCAGCAGCAGUCCAUACUCGAGCUACAGCGUGUAGGCUCGCAGGGGACGCAGCCCAGUUACGUUGGGCUAUCGGAGGACGACAUCGCUGCAUUCUAUAGUUCAGCUCUACGCACACAUUUGCGGUCACGUGGCGGCCGCGGGCAAAUGUACCAAUACACGGGGAAUCCAGAGACGGUGGACGGCUUGGAGAGUCUAGUGGACCUGAACCAACCUUCUACCGCCUCAGCCCCAGCGCCGUUGCUCGAGCAGGAGGAAGCGCUUGUGGUUUCUGCAGGGGGAGUAGCAUCCAAGGCGGAAGCGACAACUUUGUUAUCUCUUAGUGAAAAAAGUGGAGAGUCUUUCUCAAAAGUUGCAGUGGUGGAUUCCUCAAGUGCUGGCGGUGCCCAAGUCGACCAGUUCCCGCCCCGACCCGCGAGUGCAGACAGCAUAGGAGCUCUAGAUCCUUCUUUGCUGCAGCUCGCAGAGGACACCAGUGCGGCGGACCCGCUCCACACGUCGUCAUUGGGCUUGUCACGCGGUCCGGAGCGUACUGAAGAGAGCGCUUUGGUGCCUGCGCAGGUUGAUGUUGCUGAUCCUCGUGCAGCAGGGAGUGGAGGCGCUGUGACUUGGCCGGAGGACAGCGAGUGGUGCAUGCCAGACGCCUCGCUUACUACAGCGCCGCGCAACAUCGAUUGGAGUCGCGUCGAAGCGCUUAUGGCGUCUAACGGACGGCGAAAGCAGAUCGAGAAGAAAGAAUUGCGUUUGUCGAUUAGCCGUCAGCGGAACCGUGCGAACAAAAUCAAGAUGAUGGCUGAGCUGGAGCGAGCAGCGGAGGUCGCUGCGCAGUGCGACGGCGCUGAGACGUUUCCAACGGUAGUCAAGUCCGCUCGAGAACGCAUCGAGCGCCCGCCGAGCAGAAAUCGGACGUUCGUCACGGAAAAACGAGAAAAGCCUGCACUGAGCAAGGUUCCACUGGCGCAGGAAUUUUCAAGGGCUGAUCUGGGUAGCAAGUGGUUGUUUGAUAGAUAUGCUGUCGUAAGAUGCUGAAUAUUACAUCGUCGUUGUAAUUGUUGAAGGCACAAGCGUUGUAAUUGUUCUGCGGAUAAGCUUGCGAUUCUGCAAGAUACAUAUUGUUUUUGUCUUCUGAAGAGAAAGAGUUUCUUGAAUUCUAAGGCCAAUGAAAUUGUUGAAGGCACCAUAGUGACAAUGACGUCUAGGAUAUUGAAAUCCAAAACGAGGAUUGCAGUGUUAAGCUUGUUGUAUGUCCUGGAGCACUCGGAUAAUUUACUUAGAUUUACCGCGGACUUAUUACCUUGUCACAGGUUUCGCUGAGCCAAAACUGGUCCAACAAAUGCAGGGAUUGUUUUCACCGAAGAGCGCUCCCUACUACCUAGCGAAUGACCGGCUUGAGCGGGAAGAAGGAGACAGACGUGGAGGCAGGUCACGACAAGACGAUGAAACGGAACUUUGGGGUGGCCCCCAACAGCCUGCGCGGACGCUGGCGCCGCCACGAGUCCUGGAAGGCGCUCCACACAACCGCACACGAGCUCUACCUGCGUCAGCUCCACAUUUGGGCGCUGGUAGCAGUGGCACAGCGCCUUUUGUAGACCAUUUUCCGGCGCCGGCACUUGAGGCUCGUGGGUGGACUAUGUUGCCGCGCGAACAACGUCAAGUACGGUUUCGUGAGGAGGUAUCGCAGGUUCUUACACCGCAAGCGUCACCCUCGAGGAUAGAAAGUAGCGCAAUUUUGAGCGGCCCGUCGUGCUCAACCAUCUCUCCACGGCACAAUACCAGUACGCAGCUAGCUGAGAUCCCCGGUGUGCCUUCGAGUUCGCCACAGGAAAGGGCCACACAAGCUGCAGGAGGCGCUCUUCAGCCGAUGUCACCCGGCAGCGCCUCUUCUUACCUGGUCAUGGGCAGCAGCCCCUACGACGCGACAAGUGGCGCACCAUCAUCGUCACGUCCGUCUAGUGCUAUCGGGAGUUCGCCAUCAGCACGGCCAGCGAGCGCGCCAGGUAGUGUCGGACCGAAAAAUAGCGGUACUGCACGGCAGUUUCAAAUCGAGAGAACAGGAGCAAGUCCUCCUCUUCCCCCGGCGUCUCCAGAAUAUACAAAUAUUGGUUCUGGUCCGGUUCUGGGUCUACCGCCCACUGUGCUAGACGCAAACGCCACGCCUCUAGGUACAACGCUGCGGACGCCGUCGACGUCGCCUGCGAAGCGUCCGCAAAUCAACUACAUGAGGCGCCCGCCUAGUGCAGGUGGGGAGCCGCCUAGGCCCAGCAGUAGUCAUUCGCCGCACUCGUCGAGUGGCAAGGCGCAUAGUGGUCGGCAGCCACCUCUCGGCACACCUGAUCUUGCAUUGAUGAGUGCAGAUCGGUUCCAGGCUGAGAGGAAGCAGCAACUCUUGAUGAACCAGCAACAAUCGGGUGUCUACGGGAGCCGAUCCCCGUCACGGUCACCCGGAUUUUCACGGCCACGUCAUUCCCCGAGCGGUAGUGGGCCCCAUUCAGGAAGCCGACCGAGAAGCGGCGCCUCGUCGCGCCCUAGAAGCCGCGGACAAGACUUCGCGCCCCCUGCGCUCGAAGGCGAACCUUUGUCAGCUCGCCUGGAGGCCCUCAGCCAACCGAAGUCGCGUCCAGAAACAGCGAAGACGACACCAAGAGGCCACUUUACGGGACGUCUAGUGAGCGCACGAGGACAUUACGAGGAGGCGCUUGUGCAGUCGGUAUAUCAUAGUCACUGAAGUAGAUGAUGGGCUAUUGACUUUUCUGAACUCAAAGUCAGUGUUGGAAAGCGGGCCCAAUCUCAGUAGAUAGGAAUUACUCAGAUGAUAUAUUAUAAAAAACAAGCUAGAUUAGCGGGUAGAAGUCGUCGGGGAAAUCUGAGGCAGAUCACCGGGGAGAUUAGCAUCGUCGUAAUUACUUCCUGCAACAGAUGACGCCACAAAGACGCGAAUCCCGACCAGGGAGCCGCUUAGAGCGUUCUGGAAACCGAUCCGCAUCAGAUGUGCCUCCCCUAGCGCCUGCUGACGCUCAAAUCGAGUGGACGCGCAACUUUCUGGCUGCGCGAGGCGAGUACUAGACCUUUUAUUUUUGGUUGUGGUGUUUGUGUUUAUUCUGCUUGUGAUUCGAGGAUUUAGAAUUUCAAUUUGGCGUUUGUCCUCAUGACCAUUCAUUUUUUUGUGUCAACAAUCGUGAUUACAACAGAACCGCGGGGCAGGAUGAGAACGAGCCACCGCUUUCUCCUACCCUCUCGGCGAUCGGGCGUAGCGUUCAGAAGGAUUCGCCGCGGCCGGAAAGCCGCGGGUCGAGCAUGCCGCAAAAACUACCACCGAUUGCGUGGAUGAAGAUCCCUCCAUCAGAGGCCCAGCCUCACCAUUUGGGUGUUCCGUCGACUGGUCCUAGUGGGCAGCAGUCGCCCGUAACCAGCAAGUCGCCUAGACUCGAGGUGCCUAACUCAGCAAUACAGCGCAAGGCUGUGCUGGCAGGAGCGGGCAGUCCCAAAAAUAACUCGGCUUCGAACAGUACGUCGCCGUCGGGAUCUGCGGCGGCGUCCCCGCGCUUGAUCACGUCGCCUCGGUUGCUGUCCAAGGGGUAUGUGCGGGCAGCGUCGAGUGUAGAAAAUCCCGAGGGAAAGUCAUUGGCCGCGAUAGUUUCCCAAACGCGGCCGGGUACGCAGAGCUCGGGCAGCAGACCGGGGACGCACGACAGCCGCAAACCGACUUCAGCAGGGACGACGGCAACCUCUUCGCAGCAAGGACUUUGCGUACUGGGAUCGCGCGACGGAUCCUUCGCUACGCGGCCAGAGAGUGCUGGCCUAGGCGCUGAUGGAGAUGGCUACUCUGUAGAAUUUCCGCAUCCAGAAAAAAUCAACGUGGGCGGCGACGGAGCUGGAGGUGGUGUUGUCACGUCAGCCGGCGAGUCGAGUGUCGACCAGCCCAUGAUGCUUAGCCAGUACAACUUUGCUUCAUAUGGACAAAACGGUGGAAAGAAGAAGGCCGAUGAGUUGCGUUCUGUCGGCACUGUUUUCGUGUCACCCACGAAGCGGCAGCUGCCGACUGAGGCUCUUCCACCGCGCAAUUUCAUAACGUCAAGGGAUCAUCUUCCGCUUCCCUCCAGCAUGGGUCUCUUGGGAGAUACUGUGACGCCGGUCUCUCCCCGCACGAAAUCGGCUGGGUCGCCCCUCGAAAAUCUGGAGUACGAUACCAUUUAUCGUCAGCGACAGGCACGAUCUCACAAGAUAUCGGAGCUCGUCUCGAAGGAGAUCAGAAAGAAGACGCGCCCAGUGCACAUGCUCGACGGAGUUGGAAAGGAUAGGGGUACUUCAUCUGACGGUAAAUGAGUCCACUUAACAAAUAUCAAGAAUGGAAAUGAAGUAUACUAUGAACUAAGAAUAACUACAGGUAGACUAAGCAAACUAAGAAUAACUGCUCAUCAUUUAUUCGCUCCCCUUCACGACCAGUUGGAGCCGACGAUGAGAAGAUUCAACGAUAUCUGCAAUUUCCGCUUUAUCGUCGCCAGCCAAACCCGGUGGAAUUGGAGCACGCGGUGGAGAUGGACCUUUGGCUCCAUCGAAGCUGGAAUAGAAAGGACCGCUGGGAGAUGAAGGUGGAUCCUGUGGACCGUUUCUUAGCUGGAAAAACACAAAGGAAACGACUCUAG